AUGGGCGAACAGCAGGUGGCACAAAUUAUUGUCGAAAGCAUACACAACGCGGGCGUCAAAACAGUAUUCGGAAUACCUGGCGCCAAAGUCGAUGCCAUUUUCGAUACUCUCAGCGACCAUCCAGAGAUUCGACUGGUCGUAUGCCGACAUGAACAGAACGCAGCGUUUAUGGCAGCUGCUAUGGGCCGCAUCACAGGCCGCCCUGGUGUUUGUAUAGCAACGUCGGGUCCUGGAGCGGGCAAUCUAACCACUGGGCUGGUGACAGCGACGACCGAAGGAGAUCCAGUUGUGGCAAUCGUAGGGAGUGUACCACGCCUUCUUAGCACGAAGCACACCCAUCAAUCGAUGAAGGCACUGGAGAUCCUAACACCAACAUCGAAAUCUGCCACGAACAUAGAUGUUGAAGAUCAGGCUGCAGAAGUCAUCCUGGCAGCCUUCCGCUCCGCCAACGCCAAUCCGAAAGGUAGCGCCGUUGUCUCAAUACCGAUGGACGUGGCUGCCGGCAAAUCGAAGAUCACGUCGUUCCCAGAGACGGCGUACAAGCCUCCUCUUUUUGGGCCUGCUCCUCAAAGCGAUGUGAGCACUGUAGCCAAGAUGAUCGACAACGCAAAGCUGCCGGUGCUUUUCCUUGGACAGCGUGCAUCUAGUAACAUUGUUGUGAGCGCGGUACGAGAAUUUCUGAGAAAACACAAGAUCGCGGUCGUGGAGACUUUCCAAGCGGCAGGUGCAGUGCCCGAGGAUCUAGCCGAUCAAGUCUUCUUUGGGCGUGUUGGACUUUUCCGGAACCAGACAGGCGACCGGAUUCUGGCAAAAUCAGAUCUAAUCAUAUGCCUGGGUUAUGAUCCUACCGAGUACGACGCGAGCUCAUGGAACCCUGAUAGCAAGCUGAGCAUUGUCCAUGUUGAUUAUCAACCCUGCGACUAUGGUGCAUAUUACCACCCAGAGGUAGAACUUCUGGGUUCGGUCAGAGAGAAUAUCCUUGCUCUUAGCAAUGCUGUCCAGCAUGUGACGGAUCCUGCACAAGACGAAUUUUGCAAGGGUUUAACACGAGAGAUGAGAUCAUGGCAGCAGACGUUGCAAUCGAAGGACGGAGGCAAAGGGCUCGUAAAUCCCCUUCAGUUCAUCGCGAACCUUCAAAAAAGAGUGUCCAAGGACACUGUGGUAACGGUGGACGUUGGCACGGUCUACAUCUACAUGAUGCGCUAUUUCUAUGCAUACGAACCACGAAAGCUGCUCUGCUCUAACGGUCAGCAGACUCUUGGAGUGGGGAUGCCAUGGGCCAUUGCUGCCUCAUUAACACAAGAUCCGCCGUGUUCUCAAAAAGUGGUCUCGCUGAGCGGCGAUGGCGGCUUCAUGUUCUCGUCCCAAGAGCUGUCGACAGCAGUGCUUCAAGGUUGCAACAUCACCCACUUUAUCUGGAACGAUGAAGCAUACAACAUGGUCGAGUUUCAAGAAGAGCUCAAGUACAAUCGAUCAUCGGGUAUCAAGCUCGGUGGAGUGGACUUUGUUAAAUACGCGGAGAGCUUUGGUGGUAAAGGCUUCAGGAUCAACGACUCCUCCGAGAUUGAAAAGGUCAUGGAUGAGGCUCUCGCUCACAAGGGCCUCUCUCUAGUUGACGUCAGGAUCGAUUACUCUCGCGCCAAGGAGCUUGCCGGUAACCUCAUCAAGGACAGCGUGGGUUGA